AUGGGGAAAAGAAAAGCGUAUCCCGACUCUACUCACGAAGAGGAUAAAGGCGGCCGGAUACUUCGACCACGUUCCAGAGGGGUGGGGUCAGCAGGACUUUCGAAAAGAAAAGAUGAACAGUCGUCAACCCCCAAGAAAAUCUCAGAGAUACCUCCAGUUGUUCUAGACACAUCAAACACAGCAUCAUCUCCCUCUCCAGAGUGUCUUGUAGAACCAUCUGGAAACUCUUUAACUUCUCGACAAAUCACCAAAAUCAAUAUCCUUACUGUCAUCUCCAAAUCUCUUUCUGGCCUCCGUCUGCGUCAAAACCAGUUAUUGCUGCGGCGAGUCCACCCUGAUUUUCAGGCUUACGCUUCUGCAAUCUCACGUUCUACCCUCCUCGCCGAUAAACUACUCGCAUUCCGGACGUCAGGACCUAGCUUCAUUGCAAUCAGAAAUACUCUUUUGCCUUCUGUAGAUACAGAGGUCAAUGCAGUAUUUUUAAUUCGCUGGGUGAUCAUGCGUCUAUACGCCUUUGGGCACCCGGACUUAAUCAUCUCCCUAGGAACCGUAAAGACCCCCAAAGAUGUCCUUGAGGCUAGAGUAGCCUACAAAAAAUCUACUGGUUUUGGGGUCAACUCAUUACCAGCUUACGGAAAUGUGAGAUUUAAUCCGAAACACAUCCCAGGGCACAUCGAAAAGAUAUUCAACAUAGUUCCAGAGUUGUUUGCAAGAAUAUGUGAAGAAAAGAAGAUGGGGGGCAGUGUCAUUUUAUUCAAGCGGAUGAUUGAACUAAUCGGGGAGGCGGGCAUUCCUUUUCACAGUCCCGGGUCAAUAUUUCAGUGGUUACUCGCAUGCGAUCUUGCAGAGCUUGACGGGAUCGUGGCGCCGCCGACAGCUAGAGAUUUGGCUAAGAGGGUUGAACGAUCAGUGAAGGAGAAGAAGGGUGGUUCGGGAACUUGGGAUGGACUGAUUAAGGAUAUAGAAGAGCAUCACUGGCCAGAGGUCACUGAAGAUGUUCUCACCGAUCAUCUGGAGCGGAUUUACCAUGGCGUCAGAGAAGGUUUAAAAACGCAGGAGAAUAUCUUUCGUGAACAGGGAUUUUGGUAUUCUGAUCUAGAACACUGCUUGUGCAAAGUAAUCCGUUCUGAGAAAUAUUGA